CAUCUCAAUUUUUCUUUCUUGUUCGAAUACUCUUCUACUGCCUUAUCAUCGCUGAAUCACCAGAUUGAGCGCGCCGUUGCUAAUUCUUUUCCCAGGAUAAAGCCCCAUUUCUUCUCAACUCCAAAAAUCCGUAACCAAUCAGCUCUGUUAAAGCAUUAAUUAGUACUAAAAAAAUGGCUCAUUCCUUAGUAUCUUCAUCGGCUUCCUCUCUCAGAUUCAGCUCUCUCGUCUUCUCCCCAAACCCUAGCUCCACUCCCGAUGCUCAUAAGCUCCCCAUUCUCUUUGAGCCCUUCCACUCUAGGAAAUUCAGAAAUUUAAGUAGCAGCAGAAAGAAUCUUAAACCUUCAGCAGCAAAGGCUGUUUACUCCGGUCAAUCUUGGUCUCCUCAGAACACUUCUCGCCAAGGGUUUUGGUCCAUUCGAGAUGAUUUGGAGGUUCCUUCCUCACCUUACUUCCCGGCAUAUGCGAAUCAAGGGCAAGCACAAGGUCCGCCUCCUAUGGUUCAUGAGAGAUUCCAAAGUGUUAUUAGCCAACUUUUUCAAUAUAGAAUUAUACGUUGUGGUGGAGCUGUUGAUGAUGACAUGGCUAAUAUUAUUGUUGCUCAGCUCCUUUAUCUUGAUGCAAUUGAUCCUAACAAGGAUAUCGUAAUGUAUGUAAAUUCUCCAGGAGGAUCAGUUACAGCUGGUAUGGCAAUAUUUGACACGAUGAGGCAUAUCCGACCAGAUGUAUCUACUGUUUGUGUUGGACUUGCAGCUAGUAUGGGCGCCUUCCUGCUUAGUGCUGGGACCAAAGGGAAAAGAUACAGCUUGCCUAACUCAAGAAUAAUGAUCCAUCAGCCCCUUGGUGGAGCUCAAGGUGGGCAAUCUGACAUAGAUAUUCAGGCAAAUGAAAUGUUACAUCACAAGGCAAAUCUUAAUGGGUAUCUUGCCUACCACACUGGUCAAAGUCUGGAGAAGAUCAAUCAGGAUACAGACCGUGAUUACUUCAUGAGUGCAAAAGAAGCUGCAGGCUAUGGGCUUAUUGACGGUGUUAUAACGAAUCCUCUCAAAGCUCUCCAGCCACUGGCAGCUGCAGCAGAUCAACAAUGACCAUUUUCAAUGUAAACUUUCUGCAGUAAUUGUGCUUUAUCCACUGUAGAGUUAGAUCAGAAAGAUCACAUAAACUGUUACUAAUUUUGUUUGAAUGCUCUAUACUUUGCGAUCGAGGAUCAAGAGUCAUUUCAUUGUAAGCCUUUCUGAAUAUUUCGGUCAACCUUCCGUUUUUGAUUUCCUGGAUAAACUUCUGGUGGAAUCAAAAGUUUAAAAGAAAAAAAGUACUGAAAUUUGUAGA